AUGUCGUGGGACUUGCUUCAGAGAUUCCUCGAGUCCGACGUCUUCAACUCCAACCCCUUUCUCUCCGUCUCGUACCUCUCUCGUUAUGCCGACCACGUGGGUAUUCACUAUGUCCUUUGCAAUAAGCUGCGCCAGUUCCCCUACGAGGAUAUCGAAUUCUUCUUGCCGCAGCUAUGCCACCUUAUAAUCAGCGUCGACAAUGAGUCAAUGGCCCUGGAGGAGUUUUUGUUGGACUUGUGCGAGGAAUCUGUUACAGCCGCGCUCUUGACCUUCUGGCUCUUCCAGACCUACCUCUACGAUCUCUCGUCGAACCCUCAAUCCGAUUCCUUCCAGACCUGUCGCCGAGUCUACAACAAGGUCCAGCACAUCGUUUUUGGCGUGGCCGAUACCGCUCGCCAUGAAAAAAUCAAAGAAAAUGUGCUACCCGUCACCGUACUCUCCAGCUUCGUCCUUGCCAGUGUCGCCUUGCCCAUGUUCCCAAGAUGGGCCGGCCCCCUCGCAGUUGCGCAGGCUCGCAAGCCCCAGCCGGUGACGAUUGAUCCUGCGGUAGAGACCAAGGCGAACACCAAGCCCUCCCGAGCGCACACCGUUAACUCGGCAAACUCGCGGUCAAGGCGGACACGAGAUACCGGGAGGACUUUUAGUGCGCCGGACCCCAAAGGCUCGAGGGAACCGUCGAGGGAUCGUUCUUCGAGGACGCCUCGGAUUGUCACGGAUUCGGCAUCGGCCUCCCCGGUCGCAAGGUCGAAGACGCCCAUUGACACGAAGAGAGCAUCCGCCCUCGAAAUGAAGUCGCUGGAGGCCAGACUCAGCACAUCUUCCCUCCCCUUGCCGUCCCCGCAACCUGCAACCAGACCAACGACGCCCGCGUCGGCAAGGGUUUCACCAAGGCUUGGCGACAACACCACUCGGAGACAUUCGCAUCACUCCAAGGCUCUUCUCAAUACGACCGAGUUGUCGCCCGUGCAAAAGACGAGACUAUUGCGACAGCACUACUUCAGAUCCCAGACUCAGUUCUUGACUGCGUUGGAGGGUAUCUCGAACCGGCUCGUCCUCGUCCCGAAACCUGCCCGGAUGAGUGCCCUUCGAGCGGAGCUUGCGCUAAUAUCUCAGGACCUUCCCGCCGAAGUUGACAUCCCGGUCAUCUGCCCACCGACUCUUAUGAACGGUUCUCCUGGAAAAAGCCGCCACCACCGGAUCGUGCGCGUGAACCCUGCGGAGGCGACUGUGCUUAACAGUGCUGAGAAAGUGCCGUAUUUGAUCAUGAUCGAAGUCCUUAGGGAUGACUUCUCCUUUGACCCUGACGCCUCUGAAAACCAGCGCCUCUUGGGUUCCUUGCUCGACGGAAGUGCCAAGUCUAAGCGCAUAUUCGACUUAUCGGAAUCCCCUCGAAUGUCACCCACGGUCCGGGCUCCUGAACCCGUGGUUGAUAGUGUCUUCGAGCCCACGUCUGGUGACUUGGGGAGCUCUCCCCUUAUUAGGAGCUUCGACGAUGAUUCAGCCAGGUUCCCCCCACGAGCCAUUCAAUAUCGUCCACCCCAUCGCCUCCCCAGCAGUACAACGGCAUCGCCUUCAAACCUGGACUUUGUGACACCUCGAACUUCAGAAACGAUUCCUUCGAGGUCCACCAGCCCGAGCCUCGGACCUCGGAGAAUGACGCUACCUAUGCAGCGAAACCCUUCUGCCGAUCAACCGGACUUCUCAGCACUCGCUACUCACAUGAGAACUGCUUCUCAAAUGCUUGCACAGCUCGAUGCCACUAGCGGGAAGCGUCCGAAGCAGGAGGUGGCGGCGAUCAGAGCCAAGAUUAUUGCGAGCAUGCAGAGUCUGGAAGAGCAGAGCUUUGACACCGAUGAGCAAGGGCCGACUUUCGACACCAUCAUUGCAAGGGCAAGCACUACUCCAAUAACUGCGAGCAAUCCGGAUUUGGAGGAGGAUGCUGUGAUUGACCCCAAUCUCAAUGCCAGUGCUGGCAGAGAGCGAAUGGAGAACGAUAUUAAAACUGGUGGUGUCCAGCGCCGGGGCGAUCGCGACGACCCUAGCGCGGCUGUCUUCGGUGAGGCCUGGGAGGCCAAAAAGGAACGGAUUCGCAAGUCGUCUCCGUACGGGUGGAUGAAGAACUGGGAUUUGAUCAGCGUUAUUGUCAAGACCGGCGCGGAUCUACGACAGGAGGCGUUCGCCUGCCAGCUCAUUGAUGUGUGCCACAAGAUUUGGGUGGAUUCCGAUACCGAUGUCUGGGUCAAGCGGAUGCGGAUCUUAGUGACGGGUGAAUCUGGGGGUCUCGUCGAGACCAUCACCAGCGGAGUCUCUUUGCAUUCGCUGAAGCGAAGUCUCACUCUCGCGACUGUCGAGGCGGGUCAAAACCCUCGACAUCGCAUUGCCACUCUCAGGGACCACUUUCUCCGGGCUUUUGGACCGCCCGACAGCGAGCCAUUCAAGGCUGGCGUGGAUGCGUUCAAGAAGUCAUUGGCGGCAUACAGCAUCAUCUCGUAUGUCCUGCAGCUCAAGGAUCGACACAACGGAAAUGUCUUGGUGGACAGCGAAGGCCACAUCAUCCACAUUGACUUUGGAUUCAUACUCUCCAACUCUCCCGGCUCGGUUGGAUUUGAAGCAGCCCCGUUCAAGUUGACGCACGAGUAUGUGGACGUUUUGGGUGGUUUGGGUUCGCCUGACUACGAGGACUAUAAGAGACUGUGCAAGCAUGCUUUCCAAGCACUGCGCCGUUCCGCAGAUAACAUCAUUGACCUGGUUGCGAUGAUGGGUCACGACUCAAAGAUGCCUUGCUUCGCUGUCGGUGUCGCUCAGGUCACAAACACUCUGCGACAGCGAUUUCAGCUCCACCUCAGUGCCGACGAGGCGGAGCAAUUUGUUGAGACUGACCUCAUCGCGAAGUCGUUUGGUAGCUACUACACUCGACUCUAUGACACUUUCCAAUACCGCACGCAGGGUAUUUAUUAA